AUGACCUCUGCACUUUGGGCUCGUGCCGGCCCAUCCGAGCGCGGCUGGUCCGUGCCGCAAGUCAUCGUGUUCUCCGUGCUCAUGUUAACUUAUGCGGCGGUCUUCGUGUAUACAAUGCGUUGCUUGCUGCGCCCUCACGCACGAAUUGCAAACCGCUUGUCACUCUUGCUCGUGACAAUCUUCCUCUUCUUGACGACACUCGCGAUGUACGGCAUAUUCCUGGCCGGGUGGCAGCCCUCCUCAUUUAGGGUAGUACUCAGCGAGACACGCACUCUAUCUAUCGUUUGGACUAUACUGUUCGCCGUGAACAUCGUAGUGGGGGACGCUGUUCUCGCAUGGCGCGCAUGUGUGAUUUGGCGGUGGAAAAAGGCCGUUAAGAUCACGUCAAUGUUUUUACUCUUCGCCGUUGCCGCGCUCUGGACAUUCGCCAUCAUCAUUGGCACCAUUGCCCCUUCCAUCCCUCCGUCACUUGUCAUGAGCGCAUGGUCCACAGGCGCCGUGGCCUGGCGCACCUGGCAGCAGCGCCGUCUCUUCCUGUCCAACAUCUUUCGUAUCGGAAACUCACGCGUCCAAACCUUCGAAGACAUACUUGCAGCUCUCGUUGAGCUAGGAGCGGUGUAUACCGUUCUAUGGAUAGCCUUCUUGAUAACGACGUAUACCGCGGCAGACCCUUUCCUGAAGUGGAUAGAGAUCAUCAUGAUCGUCGCCGUCGGAUUAUACCCUACGCUUACUGUGGUGCUUGUUGCAAGACACAAAACGCCUUUGGCCGACCAGCUUACCGGCAUCGAAGCACUUGACGGGUCCGAUGUUGACCUGGCGUUCGACGCCAAGUGGGAAGACCGAAGUCUAUAG